UUGAGAAUCAUGGCGGGGGGAAUGUUAUUCCAUUGCCACAGGAAUAAUCUGUUUUUAACCGGAUUGAAAGCGACAAUUUUGAUUUUCAUGUAUAAUCUUUCUGGGGUCAGCACAGAACGAGUUAUAGUUGAUCCACAUAUUACAGCAAUUUUGGGAAAAAAGAUCGAGCUGAUGUGUGUGGUUCACGUUCAAGAGGCACUGACGCAGAUUUCCUGGGAGAAAGUUCACAAUGGAAGUACACAAACACUUGCUGUUUUUAAUCCGACAUAUGGAAUUUCUAUUCCUGAUGAAUAUCAGGAUAAACUUUCGUUCAAAACCCCAUCUGAGAAUGAUGCAACCCUAGUACUGAAAGAAGUGAGCUUUACUGAUGCUGGAGAGUACACGUGCAAGGUGGUAACAUUCCCUUAUGGCAACACACAAGCAUCGACCACUGUUACUGUAAUGGUUGAGCCCAAGGUAAGUGUGUCACGUGGCUCUGAUCCAUUGAUGGAUGGGGGAAAUGAGACGGUAGUUGCUGUGUGCACAGCUGAAAAUGGAAAACCUGCUGCAGAGAUCACCUGGGUGUCUGAGGUUUUUGGAGAACCUGUUCAAACCUUGAUUGACGAGCCUAAUGACUGUGUAACUGUUGAAAAUCGGUACAAUUGGAAACCAACCAGGUUUGCCCAAGGAAAGCAACUUACUUGCGUGAUUCGUCACCCGGCAUUAGAAUCGGAGAUACGGAUUCCAUUUACCCUGGAUGUCUUGCAUGCACCAGAAGUUGCAAUAACUGGUUAUGAUGAUAACUGGUUCGUUGGCAGGGAGAAUGUACAACUUAAAUGUAAUGCUGCUGCCAAUCCUGGGGCUACACAAUAUUCGUGGAGCAGGUUGAAUGGAGAGCUGCCGGCAGGUUUGCGAAUAGCAAACAACACCUUAAUAUUUGGUAGACCCUUGGAUCAUAAUGACUCAGGGACGUACCAAUGUGAAGUUACAAAUGAUAUUGGAAGUAGGACAAAUACAAGGAAUAUCUACAUACUAGAUACCCCGUCAAAGCAGACCUCCUCUGUGGCAGUGGCGGGUGCUGUGAUUGGUGCUGUGUUAGCUCUCUUUCUCAUUGCCGUAUUUAUUAUUGUUCUCAUGACACCAAGAAAGGAAAGACCAUCCCAUCUUGACAAAGUGAUUGAUCUUCCACCGAUGAACAAGCCACCUCCAGCUUAUGUUGAAAGAGCCGUAUCUACACCACUAACUGUCAACACAGCCCAGUUAAGAACAACUGACCAUCGUUACAUAUUUCAAGAUUAUGAAGAACAGAGGCUCCAUGUUCAUGAGCAACUGUCAUGCCAUGAAUGGAUCUGCCAGAACAAGGGCCCUGAACGAGUACACAUCAAUCGCAGAGAACACUAUGUAUAAAUAUUUAAAAGACAAGUUUGUACGACAUGUUGAGUAUGAAAGGAAACAGGGAGGAAAGGCUUGAUUUGAUACAUGCUACUCAAUAAAUAUUUUAAAAUGUUAGUGAUGUUAUGGUAGUUGCAUCAGUGUAUAACAGCAAGAUCACAUUUUUCAAAAUGGAUAUUUGUAGUAAUAAUUUGUACUACAUUUGUGUAAAUAUCCUUUUACAGACUUUAGAAAUCUUGUUUAUGUUUAGGGAGGUUAAAGAGUAAGUAGUGGGGUUCCGAAAAAUAUAGCGUUACACGCCCCCACCUGCUGCUACAACUGUUUAA